AGCAAUCGUCAGUCCAGUGCUCAUCCGAAGUGCUGGGCUUGAGAGUGAGUGAUGACUGUAACAGGGGCAGCUGAAGCUUAGCUGUGUGGCUCACAGAAAAAGGUGUACAUUGUAUUUCUCUGCUUUGGUAGCAGGUGCAGGCUCUUUACUGAAGGGAGAGUUGCCUAAAAGGAAAAGAAGAGAUAUUUUGAGUGGAUUUUAUUCUGGUUCUUCUGACUGCUACACUAUAUAUUAUCAUUAAGACCUGGAGGCAUGUGGGACACUGGCACCUUUGACUUUUAUCUUGCUGUUUCCUAUUUCUGAAAUCUUAGAUGCAUCCUUAGUUUUAAAAUAUUUUUGAGGUGUGCCUAUUUUUGGUCUCAGCUGAUUAUCUCAAGCUAAAUAUACACUGUAUUGUUGUGGACUUGACAGUGUUCUAGGGGCACCUUUGGACCCCAACUUGCAACCAACAUUGACUAACUUGGCUAUAGCAGUGAGAGGACAAUGCCUGGAUUAUCCUAUAAUAAGCGACUCUAUAACUUGCCUGUUGGAAGCUGCAAAUGAAUCAGGGACUGGAGGCUGUCGGUUAGCUGCUGGCUGCAUUCCACCAGUUUGUCUGAAGACUGUAAACAUCUUGACAACCUUCACUAGCUGGUAGGAUACACGCACAACGAAAGAGACAACAGGAUCACCCUUCACACUCUGGGUCAAGGGGGAUUAGUUGAAGAAUGCUGGUCCCAGGUGCCCAACAGGAAGAUGGUGAUGCGUUGGCCAAGAGCCACAGCUGUUAGAUGGUUGCUGUUGAUGCUCGUAUGGCAGUGGACAGUGCUGGGCCACCUCGGCUGGGUUCUGGCCCUGGCUGAGGGGCAGCAGAGUAACAACCCCUCGCUCACUGCUGCCAGCACCGGACACCAGAGUGGCGACCAAUUGGAUUGGCUGCUGUCUGAGAAGGGACCUUUCCACCGUUGUCCGGAAUACACAGAGUUCAAAGAACGCUUCCAGCAAGGCUUCUCCACACGCUAUAAGAUCUACAGGGAAUUCAGCCAUUGGAAAGUAAACAGCUUGGCCACAGAGAAGAGGGAAGUUUUUAAGGCCCCCUUGCCACUGGCGCCGGAGUUUCUACGCAACCUGAGGCUGCUGGGUCGAAGGCCAAGUCUGCAGCAGAUCCACGAGAACUUGAUCAAGAAAUAUGGGACACACUUUCUGGUGUCUGCUACGCUAGGAGGAGAAGAAUCGUUGACAAUCUUCCUGGAUAAGCAGAAGCUCAGUAAGAAAUGGGAGGGGCAGGGAAACAGCUCGGUGGUCUCCCUGGAAGUACUGCAUCAGUUGGCUGCCUCUUAUUUCACAGACCGCGAGAGCACCUUAAGAAGACUUCACCACCUACAGAUAGCCACCUCCGCCAUAAAGGUAACAGAAACUAGGACUGGGCCACUUGGAUGCAGUAACUAUGACAGCCUUGAUUCUGUUAGCUCUGUCUUGGUACACAGUCCUGAAAAUAAAAUACAUCUAAAAGGUUUACAGGAUGUCCUUCCAGAAUUCCUCCGGAACCGUUUUGUGGAGGCUGCUCUCAGCUACGUGGCAUGCAACACUGAGGGGGAGCUUUUGUGUCGUAACAAUGACUGCUGGUGUCGCUGCUCUGCCAACUUCCCUGAUUGUAACUGCCCCUUGGCUGAUAUCAAAGUCAUGGAGGAAAAUCUGCACAAAAGCAAGGAAUCCUGGACCAACUUCAACACUGAAUUUAUGGAAUCAGAUGAAUUCAAGGCCUUCAUGAAAAAACUACCAACGGACCGUUUUUUAAACACAUCCAUGGUAUUCAAGUUUUGGGCAACAGAUGCAGCUCUCCAGAAGCGCUACAGCCAAUUGGAGAUCAGCACCAAUUUGGUUCUUGGGAAAGCCCAGAAGAUUGUGAGGAAACUCUUCACUCUGAGCAAGCGCUGUCCCAAACUGCCAAGGAUCAGCCUCUCUAGAGAAAGGACACCAGGAUUUUGGCUGAACAGGGCCCAGUCACUCCUGUACUGCAACGAGCAUGGAAUCCUGGGCACGUUUUCAGAGGAGAUGCAGAGCUGCACCUGCACUGCAGAGCACAGUAGCGCCUGCCAGGGGACAGUGCCCUGUGAGGUCGGAGAGGGGUCAACUUGCCUCUCAUGUGCCCCGGACAACAUCACCCGCUGUGGCUCCUGCCACCCUGGCAACAUCCUGCACCUGGGCUCGUGUCGGCCCAACAUAGCAAACUCUCUGGACCACUACCUGAACAUUGACUUUGACAUGCCGGACACAGAGGUCAAGUAUCUUCUCCAGCAGCUGGACAGUCGCAUGGAGGUCCAUGCCAUCUACAUCAGCAAUGAUGUGCGUCUGGGCAGCUGGUUCAACCCGGCCUGGAGGAAACGCAUGCUCCUCACUCUAAAGAGCAACAAAAACAAAUCCAACCUCAUUCAUAUGCUAAUGGGUAUCUCAUUCCAGAUCUGCUCCACUAAAAACAGUACCCUGGAGCCUGUGCCUGCUAUCUAUGUCAACCCAUUUGGGGGCAGCCAUUCGGAGAGUUGGUUCAUGCCUGUCAACCAACAGGACUUCCCAGACUGGGAGAGAACUAAAUUGGAAGCCUCUCUACAGUGCUACAACUGGACGCUGAUGCUGGGCAACAAGUGGAAGUCCUUCUUCGAGACGGUGCACAUUUACCUGCGCAGCCGCAUCCUGACCGACGACCCCACUGUCAACGAGACCCUUUUCUACGAGCCCCUGGACCUGGACGACCACACGUCCAACCUGGGCUACAUGAAGAUCAACAGUCUCAAGGUGUUUGGCUACAGCAUGCACUUUGACCCAGAGGGCAUCAAAGACCUGAUUAUGCAGCUGGACUACCCGUACACGCAAGGAACCCAGGACGCAGCCUUUCAUAUGCUGCUGGAGAUGAGAGACCGCAUCAACCGGCUCUCCCCGCCCGGAGUGCAGGCAUUGGACAUCUUUUCAUGUCUGCUCCGACACAGGCUCAAGCUCUCCACCAGCGAGGUGGUGCGCAUCCGAGACUCCCUCCAGAUUUUCAACUCCAAGCUGCCCAAUUCCUCUGAGGCAGAACUGGGCCAGUUAUGCAGCUAGCUCAGUCUAAAUUAGGGUCCAGAGAGUGCUGUGCUGCUGGUUACUCUUCAGUCAUCCGCCAAUUUAUCCAUCUGGUUUGGAAAACAUGUACAUAUAUUUCUGAGAUGUCUAGAACAUUCCUAUACACUUUGCUGAAAGACUGUGGCGUGUGUUGAAUCUGUUGAAUGUGGAGUGAUGUCAUGACAACAGAUAGAGUUUUUAAUAUAGAAAGCAAGGAACUCAGAUGAGUUUUCAAAAGGAUCACUAUGGCUGAUCAUCUGUUGGCAUGAAGUUGAGGAAACGGAACAGGAUUUCCCUUUCUAACUUUUUUUAUUUGGUUACAGAACAAUUUCAUUUAAAAGGGAAAAUAUGAUGUGCUGAAUGAGUUGUUGAUUAUGCUUAACGGUUUAUUUUGAUAAUCCUUCACAUUUGUUUAUCCUUGCCUUUCCAUUUGAUCUUUCGUUCAAAACCAUACAAGAUAUGUAUUUGUGCUUAUGACUGAAUCGUUCUAUUCAGCAACAUUACUUUACCAAAAGAAGGUGAACAUUGUGGCAAACUGAGUGGCAUAAAUGUCUUAAAUGUUGAGUUGAGUUUUUCAGCGGACUUCAAAAUUCAUUCUUCUGACAAGGUUACUAAAGGUCUGUGUAUACAGCUCUGUAAAUAUUGCUCCAUCUAUGUGGAAAGUGCACACACCUUUUAUUUGAUAACCAAGUACAAACACCUUUUAUUUGAUAACCAAGUGCACACACCUUUUAUUUGAUAACCAAGUGCAAACACCCUAAAAAUAUUUGUAAAAAAAAAAAAAAUCAUGCCUUAUAAUGGAGAGUCAAUAUUCAGAUAAAAAACACAUUUAGUUCAGUUUAAUUUCCAAGCUAGAUGUUUUGAAUAUAUUUUGCAGACAUAACACCUUUUUUGGAAUAGGCUAACUGUAUUUGCAUUCUAAUGAGUACACUGUAUUGUGGAUCUUACCUGUAAAUGCCAGUCACAAUUCCAGUUAAACAUAUUGCAGAAUUUUAUUAUUUUUUAAACUAGUUCUUUAACUCAAAUGUUUAUUAAUGGUAUUCACGGUAGGCCUAGAUUGGAACUCAAAUUAACAUGAGCUGAUAAACUGGAGACCAUCCAUUUCUCUUAGUAUAGUAUAUUCCAACUGGAUAUGUUUCAAAUCUUUUACACGGAUUGUGAUGGUUCAACAAUUGACCAUACUGCUAUAUCUAUGUCAUAUGAUAAAAUACUAUUUGACCUUUCAUUAUUUACAAAACCUACAUCUUGAGUGAAAAAUUGCUGUCAUAAAUCUACUGCUGGAAUAGCUGUGUUUCUAGGAUUUAUCAAUUGUACCAUUGGACAAUAGGAACAUUUGGUCUCGACAAAGAACACAUAUUUAAAUGUCCCUCUUCGCUGUACGAAUCCUCUUUGUUACCAUGAAAUGGAAUUACCCUGGGUGCUUCCUGAUAAGAUGAAUGUUCUCUAAUAUAUGAAGUGCAGCAUUUGCAAGUUAAAACUCAUUUCCAAGGUUGUCACAGUGCACGGGAACCAAACACACAUUGUCACAUUGCAUCAAACUCACUGUGCUUCUGAACAACCUGGGAAAAACAUCAAACUAUUUUAAUAAGAUGGGAGUCACAAACACAGAGUUUGUAAAUAAAAGUUAUUUAUCUUGAUCUCAUCUAGAAAUCAUCACUUGCCCUUCAGCUAAUCGUCAGGACAGUGAAGGACACCCAAUCAAUCAAGGAGGGUCUAUUAUGCUGUGUAAACAUUUCAAACAUUCCCACAAGAAAAUGAGGGAAAUGGGGUUGGCAAUUUUUCUCCAAUGAUUUAUUAUGUUUUGAGAGUCCAAUAAUUUAAUUUAUGUUGUGGUAUUGGUCAAAUAAAAUGUGGUCCUUGUACUUCUUUUUUUUGCCUGUACCUGUGUAGGUCAUGUAGUACAGUCAUCAAUUACAAUUUUGAUUAAAGGUUCAGAGAAAUUUUAGAAAUACAAAGUGUCUGGAGAAUAUAUUAUUAUUAGCACACAGAGAAAGAGAGAGGGGGAGAGAGAGAUAAACUAUAAACAUUAUCAACAACAAAUACAAGGUACUAUUACAAUUUCAUUACUAUGGACAUUAUCAUAUAAUAGAAACAUUCAAACAUUCCACUCCAAAUCCACAUCCACUUGCAUAACAGUCUAAAAUCUAAGCAUGCAAAUGAAUGCAUAUUAACUCUCCUUGACUUGAUUGGCUAGCCUCUCGUUACAUGAUAGACAGUACACUGAGUACCGCAGAUGAUUUCAUAGAGCAUUUAUUUGCCAUGUUUUCCUUUCUGUUUGUUUGUUGCCUUUGACUGCCUCUGACUGCCUCUGUCCAUAGGACAGUAACUGACGGAUAGCAUGGCUGCCAGCACACAGCACUUAUCAUACCACCCAGAUGUUCUUCUUUCAAACUCUGUAUUAUUUUAUGUCAAUCAGUGGUGUAAUUUCUUCCAAUUCUGCCACAUUGGACUUCUUUUAACAUUUGAGGCACUUCAUUGUUAACGGCGGCCGUCCUUGAGCUUUUCAUGGCCACCAUGUUCAAGGCUGGACAGCUCUUUUCAUGUGUGCUCGAUCCAUUUUCCAUUGGUGAGAGGACGCCUGACAUGUAAAUAUCCCUGUGGAAGUAAAAGGUCUUCUACAAUGCCAACACUGUCACUUAGCAGUGGCCUGUUUGUCUGGUGUGCAAGUCUUGGGACUGGUGCCAACGUCCUUAGGCCUCAGACAGGCAUGACCUCACAAUUACGGUUUAUAACUUAUUUGAUAUGUGGGGGACAUCUUUCUUUCCACAGGGAGCCCAACCUCAGCUUUUCAAUGGGUAAUGAUAUGAGAGAAUGGCACCACUAUAAGAGGUUAUCAUUACAGUUUGAUUUGAAUGUCAUCUUUAGCUGCCUUUAUUUAAUUACAUGUUCUAUGUCAUCAGUAUUGCUACCAUCAGAAUCAAACUAUAUAUAAAGGUGGUAGUAACAUGGUUAAAAGAUUUGAACAAGUUGUGAACACUUACAAUGAUCAAUUAUAUACAUUUAUCUCUGAUAUAAUUACAGUUAUAACUUGUUCCUAUAUUUCUACCAUGUACGUACCUAUGCUGUAAAGUACACUACUUAUGCGAGCCAUUCAAGAAAUAAGCAACAAACUCUCUGUAUGUCUAGCUUGUACUAUUCCUGACAUAAUUAACCCAAGCAGUUUUUCCGUACAGUAUGAAAGGUAAUUGUCGUUCGAAAAAUGUACAGAUAUUUCCUAAACGCCUUCAACUUCUGUAUGGUUAUAGAAUAAGAUGUUGUUUUGCCCCUGAAAGCUACAAAUGUCCAGAACCAAAGUGCUGAAUGUAAAUAUUCUUAGGUUGACUCCAUCGACUUUGAUCAGACUCUACUUCACACAGCUCAAUCAAGAAUAUGAAAUAUCAGCUCAGUAUCCAGCUGAAAGAGUUAUAUUUGAUUAUAUGAUCAAGUUUUAUGUAUUUGUAUCUGUACAUACUGAAUGAGGCGCUACAUACACAAACAUACUGAUAUGCUUACUGGUUGGCUCUGUAAAGAACCGUUUAACUUUUUAUUAUUGUUUGAUCAAAAAUAUUUGUUUCUCUCAAUGUUUUAACAGGAUGUAAAUGUUCUUAUAUUAAAUAAUAAAAAAGAACAACUAAG